AGUGGUCGGUGCGGCACCCACCAAUGUCGCCGCCGCUGCGCGACCCUCGCGCUUCACGAUGGAAGGGGUUGGAUCACGAGUCAUCCGCGGACCGGACUGGAAGUGGGGCAAGCAGGAUGGCGGCGAAGGGCACGUCGGAACGGUCCGCAAUUUCGAGUCGCAGGAAGAGGUGGUGGUCGUGUGGGACAACGGGACGGCGGCCAACUACCGGUGUGCGGGGGCGUACGAUUUGCGCAUCCUGGACAGUGCACCGACUGGCAUCAAGCACGAGGGCACCAUGUGCGACACGUGCCGGCAGCAGCCCAUCUUCGGCAUCCGGUGGAAGUGCGCCGAGUGCAACAACUACGAUCUCUGCUCGAUUUGCUACCACAGUGAUAAGCACCACCUGCGGCACCGGUUCCACCGCAUCACGACGCCGGGCGGCGAGAAGACGGUGCUCGAGCCGCGGCGCAAGACAAAGAAGAUUGCGGUGCGAGGCAUUUUCCCCGGUGCGCGCGUUGUGCGCGGUGUGGACUGGCAGUGGGAGGACCAGGACGGUGGCAAUGGUCGCCGGGGCAAGGUGAACGAAAUCCAAGACUGGUCCUCGGCGUCGCCCCGCUCGGCGGCGUACGUGGUGUGGGACAAUGGGGCGAAGAACCUGUACCGAGUGGGAUUCGAAGGAAUGGCCGAUCUGAAGGUGGUGAACGAUGCCAAAGGCAUGACGGUGUACCGCGACCAUCUGCCGCUGCUGGGCGAGUACGGGCCGGGUCGUGGGCCACACAACUUCCAGAUCGGUGACCAGGUGACGGUGGAUCUAGACAUCGAGAUCGUCCAAUCGCUACAGCACGGCCACGGUGGCUGGACCGAUGGGAUGUACGAGUGUCUCAGCACGACCGGCACCGUGGUCGGCAUUGACGAAGACCACGACAUCGUGGUGGCCUACCCGAGCUCGCACCGGUGGACGUUCAAUCCGACGGUGCUGACCAUCGUUUCGUCACCGGUGUCCAUGCUCACCGACAAUCAACCGCAACAGUUUGCGGUGGGCGACUUUGUGAAGAUCUGUAGCGAUCUCGAACGCAUCAAGAUGCUUCAGCGGGGACACGGCGAGUGGGCCGAAGCCAUGGUACCGACCCUCGGAAAGGUUGGCCGAGUACAGCAAGUGUACCACGACAACGAUCUCAAGGUGGAGGUUUGCAACACAUCCUGGACGUACAAUCCGCUGGCAGUGACCAAGGUGGCUUCUUCUUCCGACGGAUCGACGGCCGUUACCACGAACGGGGAACGAUUGUCCGCGAUACUGAAGAAACUGUUCGAACCACACGCGUCUGGCGACACGACGGAGGAGCUGGUAAAGGCGGCGGCGAACGGCGACAAGUCGAAGGUAGAGGAGUUCCUGUCGGGUGCGACGGGCACCCAAAAUGUGACCGUGUCUUCGUCGUCCGGCGCGGCCGAAUCGCAGCCGUCGGUGGUGGUGAAGGUGGACGUGAACGGUGUGUUUGCUGGCCACACGGCACUACAGGCGGCGAGCCAGAAUGGGCACCUGGAGGUAAUACAGGUGCUGCUGCGCUACAAUGCGGACGUCGAGAUCGAAGACAAGGACGGCGAUCGGGCCGUUCAUCAUGCCGCGUUCGGUGACGAACCGGCCGUGAUGGGGUUGCUGGCCAAGGCGGGCGCCGAUUUGAACGCGCGCAACAAACGCCGUCAAACGGCACUUCACAUCGCGGUCAACAAGGGCCACUUCAACGUGGUCAAGACGCUGCUGGAGCUGAGCUGUCAUCCGAGCCUGCAGGACUCGGAGGGCGACACGCCGUUGCACGAUGCCAUUUCGAAGGAGCACGAUAACAUGCUGUCGCUACUGUUGGACUACUGUGCGGACAUUAUGCUCACCAACAACAAUGGCUUCAACGCGCUGCAUCAUGCCGCCCUGAAGGGCAACCCGAGCGCGAUGAAGAUCCUGCUGACCAAAACCAACCGGCUGUGGAUCGUGGAGGAAAAGAAGGACGACGGCUACACGGCGCUGCACCUGGCCGCGCUGAACAAUCACGUCGAGAUCGCGGAACUGCUCGUGCGCAUGGGCAAAGCCAACAUGGACUGCCAGAACGUGAACCUGCAGACGGCACUGCACUUGGCCGUGGAACGGCAGCACGUGCAGAUCGUGAAGCUGUUGGUGCGCGAGGGUGCCAAUCUGAACAUUCCGGACAAGGACGGCGACACGCCGCUCCACGAAGCGCUGCGACAUCACACCCUUUCGCAGCUGCGCCAGCUGCAGGACGUCGAAGGCUUCGGGAAGAUCCUGAUGGGUCUGCGUAACAACACGGACAAGAAAGCAUCCGCAUCGAUCGCCUGCUUCCUGGCGGCAAACGGAGCCGAUUUGACGAUCAAGAACCGAAAGCUUCAGACUCCGCUGGACCUGUGCCCCGAUCCCAAUCUCUGCAAGACGCUGAUCAAGUGCUACAACGAGCGCAAAACGGAGGAUAUGGACAUGACGGCGGCUGGUGGCGUUGGGGGCACCACAGCCAAUGUGCAACCGAUUGUGCUUCGCGCAGCGCCCACCGACCCAUCGGCCACGGCAUCAAGCUCAGGCAGCGCUCCGUCAUCGUCCGGUGGCACCACUGCCACCAAUGCUCCCGCCGGUCCGAGUUCCAUGGCUGGUGGGGCAAACACGAACGUCAGUGUGAACAGCAAUAGCAGCAGCUCGGGCGGCAAUGGAGGCAGUGGCCCGCUGGACGAGUGUCUACUCUGCUCCGACCAGAAGCGCGACACCGUAUUCAAGCCGUGCGGCCAUGUGGUGUGCUGCGAAAAUUGUGGGCCCCACAUCAAGAAGUGUCUGAUCUGCCGCGAGUCCGUGUCGUCGCGCGAAAAGAUCGACGAAUGUCUGGUGUGCUCCGACCGGAAGGCGUCGGUAUUCUUCAAGCCGUGCGGCCACAUGGUGGCCUGUGAGCACUGCGCACCGAUAAUGAAAAAGUGUGUCCAGUGCCGGACGCAACUGGAACAGAUGGUCCCACUGUCGGUGUGCAGUGGUGGGCCCGGCAAUGUGAUCAACAUUCAGCACCACGCUGACGACGGCAAAAAGGACCACCUGCAUCAUAAUGCGUCCACCCAACAGCAGCACCAGCAUCUGCUGCAAGGCACAAACAAGGCUGGCUAUGGUGUUGCCAUGAACAACACGAUGUCGCCCAACACAAGCGCCUCGGUGACGACGAACCUGAUGGUGGGGGCUAACGCCACAGCAGGCGGUGCCAGCAGCAGUAUGCUCGGUGCAGCUGGGGGGCCAUCGUCGAGCAAUGCUACGGCGACGACGGCCUUGACUACGACCAACAACACCGGUGUCGCUGGCGGUGUGGCCGCCUCGGGCGUCGCACUGAACAAUCUGAACUUAGCCGACGACGUGCAGAAACUGCAACAGCAGCUUCAAGACAUUAAGGAGGCUACGAUGUGCCCGGUUUGCUUCGAUCGCAUCAAAAAUAUGGUAUUCCUGUGCGGUCACGGUACGUGCCAGAUGUGCGGAGACCAAAUCGACGGCUGCCCCAUCUGCCGCAAAACGGUCGAGAGACGGAUUCUUCUCUUCUAAGAUGCCUUCCUUCGUGCUCCGUCGGGCACCAGGCCCUCCAAGCUUUACACAUUUCCAUGCUGUUCCCCAUCUUCCCGGCACAACACUCUGACCCUGCACCCAGUUUGGAACUGCUUUUAAUUGUUUUACACUACCGUCGCACGGGAGACGGUACUUUCCAUUGAAUUAUGUUAAAUAUUUUAUGCUAUACGCGGUCGAUCGCUGGUAGCCAAACGAGUGCUACGGAACGAAACAAACGUUAGGUUUACAGAGAAACACUGGAUGUGAACAAGUGAUGCUAAGCUGACCUGCCGAUUUAGAGGCAAAACACUUUACGGGCAUAUAGCAUGCACCGAUUUAUCGUAUGUUGAUCGUAUAUCGCUUUAAUUUGCGUUCUUUUGUAAUCUGAUCUGAUAU